CGCUCGCUCGCACUCACUCUACUUUCUUCUUUAAUCUUCCUUUUUCUUCCUCAUUUCACAAGGUGAGGCAAAAGCACCUCGGUUUCCGAGACAUUUCCAUCGCUGAUUUCACUGCUCAUUGCUGCAAUAUUGUGAUUACAGUGUACCCUUUUGUUUCUUUUUUCCUGUAUUCAGUGUCGGUUUCUUUUUGGGGGUUUUCAUUUCAUGAUGGGGUCUCUUUUUAAUGGAGAUUUCUGACAUGGUUAUGGAAAUUUGAUCCUCGAGGUUGGGAACUGAACUGGGUUUGUGGAUAUUGUGAGAUUUUUUUUGAAGAGUUUAUGGAAAUUUCUUACAUGGUUUUGUGGAUAUUGUGAGAGUUUCUGAAGGAUUUACGGAAUUUUGAUCCUUAAGGUUGAGAACUGAACUGGGUUUGUGGAUAUUGUGAGAGUUUCUGAAGGGUUUACGGAGUUUGAUCCUUAAGGUUGGGAACUGGACUGGGUUUGUGGAUAUUGUGAGAUUUUUUUAAGAGUUUAUGGAGAUUUCUUACAUGGGUUUGGAAGUUUGAUCCUUAAGGUUGGGAACUGAACUGGGUUUGUUGUUAUUGUGAGAGCUUUUGAAGGUUUUAUGGAGGAAGGACAUCCAGACGUGGCUGGGAAAGUGGUGGUUGUCGCAAUUAAAGCCACCUCGAAGGAAGUUUCUAAAGCUGCUCUCGUUUGGGCUUUGACGCAUGUUGUUCAAACAGGAGAUCAUAUUAAGCUCCUUGUGGUUAUCCCUUCUCAUCAAUCAAGUAUGUGGGUUCGGGGGUUUUCUCGACUUACCAGUGAUUGUGCAAUCGGUCAUUUGAGAACUCAUUCAGGAACUUUUUCCGAUCGGAAGGAUGACAUUGUGCAUUCAUGUUCUCAGAUGGUGCAUCAGCUUCAUGGUGCAUAUGACUCACUGAAGAUAAAAGUCAGAAUCAAAGUUCUUUCAGGCUUGGUUCGGGGUAUGGUGGCUACCGAAGCUAAGAAAGCUCAAUCAAACUGGGUGAUAUUGGAUAAGAAUUUGAAAGAUGAAAGGAAAAACUGUUUGGAAGAGCUGCAAUGCAAUGUUGUUCUUAUGAAGAAAUAUCACCCUAAGGUUCUUCGUUUGAAUUUGAUGGAAUCCCCUAAAAUGAACACUAGAGAAGCUUGGAUAUCAUCACAUGAAUUAGACGUUUCUCAGAAGUGCCUUAAAAGCUAUUUUGAUGAACCGAUCAUGUUUACAGCUCCUGAUGUGACUCCUGACAGUACUCCUGACGUAGAGUCUCCUUUUACCGUCACUGAUAUUGGAACAUCAUCAAUAUCGAGCUCGGAUGUGGGCAGUUCGUCCUUGUUCUCUGGGAUUUGUGGAAGCUUGAGAAAUGAUUCCAGAACAGCUGUCGACAGAGGGAGAAAUAUGUCUGGAUCUGAAUAUGAUUCUGAAAGUGAAAAGCAAACUCCCUCAGUUUCAUAUUUCCAGCGUUGUAUGGUUGAUAUUAUGAGUUCCCGGCGUAAAUUCCAGCAACAUGCAAUGGAAGAAUCACAAAAUGCUCAUCAUAGACCUCCAGCUCCAACACGUCAAGGUCUGGUAAAAAAAAUGUCUACUCUUUCUGUAGAACCUAGCCAUGAUGUGGCACAUCGGAGUACUGAUAUUAGCUCAAGCAGAAACAUAAGGAACACGGUAUCAUUGUCCAGAAAAGCACCUCUAGGCCCUCCUCCGCUAUGUUCUAUGUGCCAACACAAGGCCCCUGCAUUUGGGAAUCCUCCUAGAUGGUUCACUUAUGCUGAACUUGAAGUUGCUACAAGUGGCUUUGCACAAACAAAUUUUUUGGCUGAGGGUGGAUUUGGGUCUGUGCACCGAGGCAUCUUAUCAGAUGGACAAGUUGUUGCUGUCAAGCAAUAUAAACUGGCUAGUACACAGGGAGAUCGAGAAUUUUGUUCAGAAGUUGAGGUCUUAAGUUGUGCCCAACAUCGAAACGUAGUGAUGCUUAUUGGAUUUUGUGUGGAGGGUGGAAGAAGGUUACUUGUUUAUGAAUAUAUUUGCAAUGGAUCUCUUGAUUCCCAUCUUUAUGGAAGAAAUCGUGAACCAUUGCAAUGGUCGGCACGCCAGAAAAUUGCAGUCGGGGCUGCUCGAGGAUUGAGAUACCUUCACGAAGAAUGUAGAGUGGGCUGUAUUGUGCAUCGUGAUAUCCGUCCAAACAAUAUCCUCCUUACUCAUGAUUUUGAGCCACUAGUUGGAGAUUUUGGGCUGGCAAGGUGGCAACCGGAUGGUGACCUAGCAGUAGAAACCAGAAUCCUUGGGAGAUUUGGCUACCUGGCUCCUGAGUAUGCACAGAGUGGCCAAAUCACAGAGAAAGCCGAUACAUACUCAUUUGGCGUUGUCUUGCUGGAACUUGUGACUGGACGCAAAGCAAUUGAUUUAAAUCGUCCCAAGGGCCAGCAAUGCCUCACUGAAUGGGCACGAAACCUGUUGAGAAAAAAUGCAAUCUCUGAACUAGUUGAUCCAUGUUUGAGGAACUGUUAUUCAGACGAGGAAGUUCACCGCAUGCUGCAAUGCGCUUCCUUGUGCAUAAAGCGUGAUCCGUAUGUAAGACCGCGUAUGUCUCAGGUGCUUCGGGUGUUGGAGGGCGACAUCGUUCUGUAAAGCAGCAGCCAUAUAGGAGGCCAUGUUGGAAAAUUUUGCAGAGUUGUAACGGUAUAUAUAUGGUCUGGAAUCAACACUAACAUGGCUGAAGAGGGAUGUUGGAGUAAAGACCAAUUUGUCUUCUGAGAGGGUGAUAAAAGGAAUUCCACUUUGCAGAAAGCAGUUUUUCUUUUUCUUUUUAUUAAUUUCAUCAUUUUAGUGAUUAUAGCUUUAGUUAAUGGAUUUGGUUGUAAUGUAAAUAAGGGGAUCAAACUGUUCUUCUGUAACCAUAAAAAUGUCAAGAUUUGGCUUGGGAUAGUUCCAAAUAAAGUUACUUGUAUGAUAUUGUAUGAUAUGUUAAAUUAGGUUGAAUAUAUAUAUGUCUUGGUCUUCAUGGAAA